AAUAAACGUCAUUGUCAUAAACAGCUGUUCAUUCCACAAAUAAUCAACAAUAAAAAUAAGAAAUUUGCAAAAAUUAACAAUGAAUGAAGAAAUUGAUGAAUAUGACAUAUAUCAUCAAGAUUUCACAACAGCUUCAGAAUGGGAAGUACUGAUAGCACGAUUAGAAGAGAUACUCUUUGAGUGGAAUUUAUCUAAAUCUAAGUUAACUAAAACAUGUACAGAAUACACAAAGAAAUGGAUUGCGAAAACGGAGGAAGUAAAGUUCCGUGGUUUGAGUUUUACACUGACGUACAACGCAUUAGAACCAGUUAAAAAUACAGACAGUGAAAGAGAACCGGAAGAAAAAUCUUUCUUAAAUGAUGUUCAGCAAAAUCUGUGGGAUUCCACUACAAACUUCAUGGACAAUAUUGACGGAAGUCCGUUUCCUGUAUCAAACUGGUUCGGGCUCAAGAGAUACCUCAUGCUGUAUCCUAAAGCUCCACUCAUCGAUGGCAGUCUAAUAAAGCUCAUAAUGAGUUCUGUUAACAUUGCAUUUUCGAUAGUAGACUGUGGUGUUCCAUUUUUUGUUAAAAUUAGGGAACACUGGCAACACACUUACUUAGGAAUUUUUGAAGACAAUGAUUACAAAGUUAGCUUCGACGUCAUACAUCUGAAGCGUAUAUCAAAUCAGUGUUCACAUCUCAGCGGCUUAGUCAGUAUGUUUAAGUCUAAAAUAUCAUCACCUGUGCCUCUAGACGCUGUCGUAAUAUCCACAAAAUUUUCUUAUGAGCUCAAAGAUUCAGACUCCUUUACGUGGAGGAAGAGGACUCAUUCGAAUGAGUUCUUAUCAAUUGACGGAUUUGAUGUUAAAAAGUUAAUAGAGUUACCAUUUGGCUCUGAGAAUAAUCCUCUGCAUAGUGCUCUACUUAAUGCAAUUUGGCCACAUUUCCGAGAAAGUGCCAUUGUUGACUCAUCAACAUUCUCUGAUAUUGAUCCUAUAAUGGCACCCACUUGGACAAUUAGUCUUAAGUUAAGAAACAACAUUAACUGUAUGCUAUCAGAAGUUAUAAGAAAAAUAAUGAAUUUAUUAGAUAGAGAUAGCUUACUGAUGGAUGUUUUAGGACUUAGCAGAAGUCUGGGCUUGGUCAAUCCGUUGAACAAAAUCACAGAAGCCCCAAUAACUAUUUCUAAAUUAGUAAAAGCUGCAGUAGGUAGGAGCACUCAUUUUUCAGAAUUCAAGGGCCCAAUAUCUGAUGAUUUGUUGAUGCCUUUGCUCUAUUAUGUGUUUCCUGAUGCUGUAGAGGACAAUACUUUCCCUUAUCCUGAUACAUUGGAAAUAGGGAAUAAAAAGGAUGGCAAUGAAUUCAAAUUAUGUAGCUAUGUCAAGACAAGUCCUGAGGAUGGUCUAGUGUGGAGGUUAUCUGUCACGUUGGCACGCUUGAUGGAUGCUGGAGGGUUACCGUACCUUGCACACUUCUGGUACGAGUUCACUCAAGAGCUGCAGUAUAGGUGGGAGCACAGGAUACUUGUGCCUGGAGUGGUGGAAGGUGCUCCGAACGCUCGUUCCUGUCUGCUUCAUCAGAAGUUGCAACUUCUGAACUGCUGUAUUAAACGAGCGCAAGAAGGAUCUGGCGCAUCAGGGUAUUCUUCAGAAGAAGAGUUCUUUGAUUGUUCAGAAGACGAAGAAGCAGAGGAUCAGUUGCCCUGGGACCGGCCAGUUGGUCGUCUUCAUCGCCUAGACGAUAUCACACUGAAAAAUGGAGCACCACUGUACGUUCCCCGAACACAGGAUCCUGCGCCCAAAACUGAAGAUCAAUUAGAAGAAGACGCUGAGCUCAUGGUGCGCCUCGGUGAUGAUGCCAAAGCUUCUGAACUCCGCGCUAGAAUGAUGAGUGCUUCCCUUCUCUCGGAUAUGGAAGCGUUCAAGGCUGCCAACCCAGGUGCAGAAUUGUGCGAUUUUGUGCACUGGUACUCACCACGGGAUUGGAAGCCCGAUGACGGCGGGUCGUUAGGAGAUCGAAUGCUUUUGCCAGGAAACCCUUGGGUUGAAGCGUGGAAUGUCGCGCGACCAGUUCCUGCGGCGCGGCAGCGGCGGCUCUUUGACGAGUCGCGGGAAGCUGAGCAGGUUUUACAUUUUCUGCGAUCCCGAAGUACAGGGGGCGUGGCUGAACUGUUGUUACCAGCUAUUCUUAAAGCGGGUGCUAUAAAGGCUAUUUCAGAAGGCGCUCAAGCGACGAGUUCCUCAAUCGGUGGUGUGGAUAAACGGCGCACUUUUGAAAUAGCGGCAAGAGAGAUAUUAGAAGCUGAGAGAGAAGCUUGUCGAUCCAUGUGCGUCCGUAAGGUGCUAGGGGAAAGCGCCGAAGGUAAACCUUUAGAUGUAGCUGGUAGAACCAGGGUGCUGAACGCAAUGGGUGGUGCUCUACCUGCGCCGGUGUUGAGAGAAUUCACUUUGAGGGUUAAAGACGAAGUAGGUCCUCAAGUAAUGCGUGCUACUCUCUCUAAUGAAAUGACUAUUGUAGGAGCAUUUACUGAACGCAUAGUAUGUUUGUAGUUGUAGUUGUAAUGUACAGGAAUUGUCGGGUCAAUUUUAAUGUCAAAACUUUUACUCGUACUGAUUGGAAUUGCUAGAUCGACAGAUUGAGAUGUCAUCUCAUCUACCAGUGACCUACAAGCGACGCAAAAAAUUUACAUUUAAUAAGAAAGUUAUGAUUAUUAUUAUUUUUAUUACAGUUUUAAUAUCAUUCAUAAGGUGGGAUUUGAAAAGUUAAAUCUAAAAUUUUUAAUCUGCAAAUGUUUUUAAAAUAAUAAUAUUUCCCAUGUAAUACUUUGUUAUUAUUUCGUUUAAUAUGUAGUAAACUUUAAUAUGAAAUAAUAACUAAGGUUUUUUAUUCGUUUUUCAAGUCUCAGAAAAUGUAAACUAUUAUGUUAAAAUACAACAUUUGGUAUUUGUUAGUGGAUAAACAUAGGUAUGCAGAUAGUUUUGUGAUCGCCUAGGCCUAAGAAAGAUGUUGACUGAGUUAAUAUAUUUUGUCAGUAAUUAGAUAGAUUAAAAUUUUUAUUUAGCCAUAUACGCUAGAAUUGCUAGUUUUGUUGUAUAGAUUAUUAUAUGUUUGUAAAAUAGGGUAUAUUUUCAUGUUAAAAUAAAUAAUAUCGGUAAGAGUUAAAUGUUAUAAAGUAAAGUUUAAGCGUGCAGUCAUACUUUUAUUUCUGUACUAUAGUCUGGCAAGUUCGUUGAUAACACUCUCAUGAUAUGCGGGCGACAGGGGGAAAGACUGCGCGGGUGUAAAAUCGUGCGUGCGGGAAGUGACGUGCAUGAGUUGUGGGUUUUUAAUUCAUCGCUACACGCCCCCGGCUCGCGCGCAAUGGCUAGGGCAAUUUUGGUAUUUUGUGUUUUUGUAUGACCCAAAAAUACAAUUUCCAAAUUUUUGUAAACAUGCCUAAAAUGUUUUCUACUAGAAGUCUAGAACAUUAUACAAAGUGAAAUCAAAAGUCAAAGCAAUACAUAGAUAUCUGUCAUAACAUCUGUCGUAAUAACUAUCAGAUGUUAUUUUUAAAAUAAGUAUAACUGUGCAGAGAUAUUGCCAAGCUCUGGCAUUCCUUCACUCUAUCGUGUUUGAUUUCUAAUGGGUAAUCAUAACUUGAGCGUCUUUAUAUUGAUUUUUUGAUUAUUUUAGCUAAUGUUUUAAAAAUCUGCCGGCUGUACAGUACCUUAGCUCUAAUAAGUUGUGUGUGAUUUGACUGUGCACAAGUAUUAUUCACUUAUAGACUAAGAGCCAGCGAGAGCCAGACCUACGUCAUUUUAUAAUAACUGAAAGUUUGUCAGCUCAUGCUUCUACCAUAGGCUAGUACGGUAACCAAUUAUUGAGUUGGACAGUGGUUAUUUUGGGAGGUAGCAGGUUUCAAGGGUCUAGAACCUCAAUAAUAAGUAUAAAGUGUAAUUUAUUUAUAUUUUCCUCAGCAUAAUAUGAGAACUUCUCAGUUGCCAGUCACUUAGAUUCGUGACAACUCGUCGAAAACACUAGUUAAGAUGAAACUUCAACGGUCUCUAGCGAAGGGUUGCCAUGAAGCCAAGUAUUUGGGGAAUGGGGAUAUCACCCAGAAUUGGUUACUGUACUUAGUAGUAAGCAAGUUGAGGAGAUGCAGUUGAAUGAUGAUGCAGAACAUACAAUUUUUUCCUAUCCCGAGGUUUCGAGGUUGCGAGCUGAAAGAGAGAAACUAACGAAGGACCUGGGCCAAGAGCUGACAGCAAACAAUGUAAUAAAUAUAAUGCUGGAAUGCAGUGAGAAAUGGAAUAUAGCUAGGAGUUAUCUGGAUAAUAUAAUGAAGAUCAAGGAGAAGGAUGAAAGAGAGAAUGGAAGGUAAAUAGGGCUCGCGACGUUGGUGGUAGGCUUUAUGGCAGGGACACCAGCGUCUAGACGGAGGAGUUUUAGCUGGUAGGAGGGGUUUUUAGCUGGUAAGAGCUUUUCCCCCUACGAAAAAAAAGUUGAGGAGUUGACAAACUUUCAGCUUUUAUAAAAUGACGAAGAUCUGGCUGUCACCGGCUCUCCAUCUAUUAGGAACAGCGCUGUUGUUGUUAAUAUGUAAAUUUUAUACAGAGAUAACAUGAAUAUACAUACGAAUAUUACAA